AUGACCCUUUUUAACCCGACCUCGAUCCUCGUGGGCUUCCUCCUGCUCUACCUCUCGUCCUUCUUCGUCUUUGCGAUCGUUCGAAUUGCGACCGGAAUCUCCAUCCAACGCAUCGGCUACUUUUCGCUUCGCCGCAUCGCAUAUGCUCCGAGGGAGGGACUACAAAUCGAAAUCCGGGGUCUUGGCUUCUCGUUGCACCCGCCGUCCUUCGCGCAGCCAACAUGGAUCAGCAUUCGACUGACGGAUCUCAAAAUCACGCUGGAUACGGCCACCUUGUCUAAAGGGAAAGCCGAUCUAUCGCGGGACCUGCUGGGAUCUCCAGGGCCAGGGAGUCCAAAGAACCCGACAAGUCCGAACAGUCCAGGAAGCCCCUCCGAAGAAAGCGCUCCCCCCGAAUCGUCCACCCCGCGCAGCAAGACAUGGAGGUCUUUGACUCGGAUGAAGGAGCGCCUGAAGAGGCUGCAUCGUCAAAUCAAUUGGCUAGCCCUCGUCGACCUUACCGCAGUCAAUACUACGAUUCAUUUUCUCGAAGCUGGUCAAAUACAUGUCGGAUCGCUCGCGUUAUCGGUGGAUACUCGAAGUAAAAUGGUGGAAAGGGGCAAACUAUUUCGUCGCAAGAAGGACAUGUCUCGCGAACAGCGUCCGGCUGAAUGGAUUAUGAACGUGCAAAAUGUUCUCCUCGCUGUGGACGGCCGCGAGCCGACCGAAAUCCUGGAUAACGUUGGUGUGAACCUCCACGGCCUGCUCUAUAAAGAUUUGGACGGCCUGCGGGAUGCGUCGAUUGCACUCAAGAUUGGGCGGUUGCAUAUUCCGUAUGACGACCUCAAUAUGAUCCUGCAACGUAUCAAGGCGACCCAGAAGACAUCCAAGGCACCCGCGCCAAUCGAGACCGACGACGAGAUGUCCUUUGCGGACUUUGUGGAAGAGCUGGACAAACCUGGCAGCCGAGACGAUUCGAUAGUCCAGACGGUCGCCGACUCCAAGGAGUUUGCGAGCUCAAUACUGCGUGGUAUUCAGGAGAUCCAGGUCGCCUUGAGCUUCUUCCGGUUGUCGCGUGGCCUUCAGUCCCUAUCCGCCGGCCAGAACCCUGUCUACCUGAACGUGGUGUCGCACGAAAUCGGCAUUGAUCUUCAUCGGAUGGACCAAAAGAGCCCAGAGCAUCGCAUGUAUUUCCAGCGGAAUGACGUUGCUCACCAAGCAUUGCUCGCAGCCAUUUCUCUCUCUGUCAGUUUGGAUGACGACUCGGGUGAAACCGACAACAUUCUCUACAUCCCCAUGGCCACCACGACGAUCAAGACGACUCUGCCAUCGAAGACGGUCAGUGCCUUUGAAGAUGCGAACCCGGAGGAGCGGAACUCCAAUGUCCUGUUCGCCAAUUUGGUCAUCACAUCACCAUCUGUCGAUCUGCAGCCAAAUCACGUCUCUCGUCUCUUGAAGUUAGCGCAGACGCGAGCUUCCACUCCCCGAGCCAGAAAGCGGAACAACUCUUCCUUGAUCUCUCGAUUGCUUCCAAAGGCGAGCAUUAAGCUAUCAGUCCACGAACCCGUUGUUCGAUUUGUGCUGCCCAUCAAGAGAGACUCUGGUUCUGCAGCUGACUAUAAUCUCCUAAUUUCAUCCAUCUCCUCGAUCUCACUCGAUGUCGAAUCAUCACACUCUUCAGAGGGCGGCGCUCACUAUUCUCUUUCAUCCAUUUAUCGCGUCGCGUCUCACAAAUUCUACUAUCAAACCCCUGCUGGCGACAAACACAACUUGCUUACGACGGAGAGUCUGGAACUCAAGUGUCAUCUGAAUGCGAGCCCAGAAGUAUGUGUCAUCGCUUCAGGCACAUUGAAUGACUGUUCUGUGCACAUGAUCAAUAGCGAUGUCAAUCGUGGAAUUCGCGAGGUCCUUGCGCAGUUCCGGACACACUUGCAGCCGCAGAAGAGGGUUCCUAUGCCAUUUAAUGAGCGGAAAUCAAGCAUGUUGAGGAAGCUCCCGCCAUGGCUGAUUCAAUUCACAUUCGAAGCUACGGGUUUCAGCCUGGAGAUUGCUGGGGUUGAUACUCCUGUCUCUGAUAUUUCCCGUGGCGUCUCGUUGCAGUUGCAGUCCUGGACAGCGGAGUACAAAGCUCAAAAAACCGAGCAUAGUGUUGGUAGCAUCGCCCGACGGCGUACAUCUAGUCACUCUACAAUUGGCGAUGAGUCGCCCUUCAGAUUCACUCCUACAUCGCCUCCAAGGAGUACGCAGCGGGGUGCUACUGAUGGCAGACGGCUAGCUUUCCACGCCCGCGGUUUCGAUGGAUUCGUCAUUGAGUCGGAUGAUUAUCUCGAACCGGAAUCUUUCUUCUCAAUGCCCCGAUUCGAGAUCGCCUUGACCACUCAGAGUGAUCGAAUGGGGCCUGUCCUCCACGUCAACUCCGUGUUUAAGGGCAUUUACCUCCAGUACUCUCUCUACCGCUUCUAUUGUCUAGGUGUCGCGGUUUCUGUGAUUCAAAAUGUGCUCACGCCCCUUCCAGGAAACGAUACAGAGGCAACCCCAAGUCAAACGAAGAGUGCUGGCAGCAUAUCCUUGCCACCCCCUCCAACAUCCCAAUUGUCUCCUAAGAAUGAGCUCAUCACUUUCGAUGUCAAAGCCACUGUUGUUCAGUUGAAGAUGAGCCUGCCAAACGAUCCUUCGAUGAUGCUUCAGAUCUAUGGGCUCGCGGGCACCUCACAACGCCUUUCUAUCCCUCACAUCAAGGCCAAUCUUGUCCGCGUACACGCCGAGGCUCCCAAGCUCAAGGGAGUCUGGGCAAGGAUCGGUAGCAUGAAUAAUGUCCGGCUUGAUUUCCGCAAGAUGAAAAUGAAGCAGGGCACGGGCUUCACUGAGGAGAGGUCCAUCGAUUUGUCGACCGAUUUUAUUCGAUUGGGCGUUCCUCAUCACAUGGUGAUGCAUCGCAUCUUCGAUAAUCUUAUCAACACGUCCAAGGCUUUCAAACAGCUCCAUCAUCGAUUCAAGAACCGAUGCAAAGAGUUUGUCUCUGUUCGAGAGCCUGAGGGCCCGAAGAAAGUGCCCAGGAUAUCACUGCGCAGCAAAGCCCUCCUUUUUGAGCUGGAAGAUGAUGCCUUUGAAUGGAAGCUGGGCCUCAUUUAUCGGACCGGUCUGAUCGAACAGAGUCAACGCAUGGCUCGUGAGGAUGCGUUCUUCUUGAAGGCUCAGAAGAUUCGAGAAUCAGACCAGCGACGGGCUUCCUCAAGACUCCGAGCAAAGUCAAGCCACCGCACACUGCGCAGUGAACGGACGAGUCAGGAUACCAGGAGAAGUCGAAGCGCAGACACACGACCAAGACAAGAGGAACCAGGCCGUGGUCGGGGACGUAAAUUCCGUUACGAUACCGAGGGUGCAACCUGCCUGUCCUCCGAGUACAAAAUCUCCACUGAUGCUGCUUGGAACCGACUUCAACAACAUAAUGCUCAAGUUUGGAAAGAGAAAAUCGAUGCGGCACUCAAAUUCCAAGGCACCUCGAUCAAAGAAGUUCGUAAUCUGUUUUCUGGUGCAGACGAACCGCCAGAUGAUGUAAAGGAGACCGAGACCAUUCUGGCCAUUCCAAACAGGCCAGGCCUGAUGUCAGCACUCAUCAGCGAUGUCAAUCUUGUUAUCGACAAACCAACCUUCCCGAUUGACGAGCUCCCCACAUUCCUCAACCGAAUCGGCAAGGGAAUGCCGUUGUCAAUGAAAUAUGGCUUGCUGGUCCCCAUGAGCUUCAAUCUAGAGAUGGGCGAAGCGCGUGUCAAUUUGCGUGACUAUCCUCUUGACCUUCUUCACAUCCCAGCCUUACGACCUGGACAGUCUCCCAGGCUGCCUAGCUGGUCGUUGAGGACGAAUUUUGUCAUUGCCGAAGAAUUCCGUGACCAUGAGUCUGCCAGACAGGUAGAAGUGGAACUCGUUCCGCCUACCGAUCUUUCCGAUGGCUCUCAUAGCGAUCCAUUCAAAAUUAAGGUGUGGCGGUCUGUCACGCCUGUGAAGACUUACUCCGAACCCGUUAUUGAGAUCAACACAAGCCUGCCUACGAGCAUUUCUUGGGGAGUCUCGUAUCAACCCGUCAUACAAGACAUGAUGAAGAUCAUCGAAGGUUUUACCAAGCCCGAAAUUGACCUUUCAGAGAGAGUCGGAUUCUGGGACAAGAUCCGACUCAGCUUCCACUCUCGGAUACAAGUGCUUUGGAAGGAAGACGGCGAUGUCCAUUUGCGUCUCAAGGGCUCUCGCGAUCCUUAUGUCGUGACCGGGUUCGGAAGCGGCUUCGUCAUGUGCUGGCGAAGAGAUGUCAAAUGGGAGAUCAAUUGCAAUGAUGAUCCGAUGGAGUUCAUGAGCGUGACAAGUGGCGAAUAUGUCCUAGCCAUUCCUGAUUACAGCGCAGAAGCUCGAUGGGCAAAUGAAUCGACCACGGAAGACAUGGAUAGCAGCUCCGCAUCCAGUGAGCAGAAGAAUGCAGCUCAUUUCAAGAAAGUCGUCAUGAAACUGUCUGGCGAUGUGAAGUGGGCAACUGGAUUAGUCUUCGAGCGUGAUGUGGACUCCGAUUCACGAUCCUUCUCAUUCAGGCCGCAUUACGAUGUUGUUCUUAAGAAUCCAAAGUUUGUCGACCCUGCCGACCGAGCGGACUAUGACGCCUUCCGUGGCUUCCGCAGUAACCAUAUUCACUUGUCUGUCUCGGUCAUUGCACCUCAAAGCAGAAAUUGGUCUGUUGACGAUGUGCAACCAUCUGCAAGUUACAACACGACCCACUUGACUCCUCGCUUCUUCACCCACUUCUUCGACUGGUGGUCUCUCUUCUCUGGUGUGAUGUCUCUCCCUGUUCGCCAGGGCCCACUGUUCCCCGGUAUCACCAGGACGAGCAAGAAAUUCAACCGGCAUUUGGCAACAGUCAAGUACAAGAUCCUUCUUGCACCGUUGUUUGUGGCUCAUAUCUACAAGCACAAGGACCGCGAAGACUAUGCCGAGAAUGUCGUGACUGCAACGGGUCUCAAGGUCCGCCUUGAUUCCUUGAAGCUGGAUAUCCAUCAGCGUCGUGAGCAGAUCAAGACUCAGGCCAGAGGUCGCUCCAAGCAGACCAAGACAAGUGCUAUGCGCAUUAACCAAGCUUUGAUCGACUUGCAAUCGGCUGAUUUCCGAGCCGUUUCUGCCAGUAUUGAAGGUACGACCGUUGAGGAUCUGGAGCAAAAUAGGGAUGAUAUCAUUUCAUCCUUCCAGCAGCCAGUACCCUCGGUCGAUCUUUCGAAAUUCACGAUUCCCGACCACAAUCUUGACUGGAUUGAUAUGGAUGACUUUGUCGAGCCUGAUUGGAUUCUUCCCCAGGAGUCGAAUCCCCGCACGCAAAUCUUGCCGCUUGCUUUUACCCCACGGUUCACCUACUUCCGGCAGACAGAUCACGACGACCUUGGACCUGAGGAGACUGGCUACAGUACUUUCGGGCACGAGCCGACUCAUGACUGUGUUAUGUCCGAGACGAAUGAUCCUCGCCGUGUACAGAUCGAGUUGACGAAGGAUCGCCUUGCCACUGUCGAAGCCCAGAUUCACAAUUACGAGCGUACGAUUGGUGAACAAGAGCUCAAACUGAUGAAGGAUGUCGACAAUGAUCCAAGCCUGAAGGCCCAACAUGAGGUUUACCUCCGCCAGGCCGAGUCCCUUGCUAGGCGCCGACGGUUCUUGACCUCCACCCUAGAUCGACUUGAAAGACAUCUGGCGCGUGAUGAGCGAACUCCAAAUCUCAGCAAGUCAGGUCUGAGUGCGGCUGCUAGCGAAACAUCAUCCAGGGCUGGUCUGGACGGGGAUUCGACGACUGAUGGCCGGGCAUCCGGUCUUGACGGGCUUUACUCUUCAGCCGCCGAUGACUUCUCCAGCGACUUCAACAACCGUUUCAUGAUUCACAAUGUACAGUUGAAGUGGAACAACUCACUUCGCAAUAUCAUCCUGCGCUACAGCCAUCAAGUGAGUCAGCGACGAGGCUUCGUCUACUACAUGUCUCGACGUGCUGUCAAGUUCAUCCUUGAUAUCGUGGAAGAGCAAAACAAAAACAAACGGAAGCAACCCAAGAUGUCCAAGUCGCACACUCUCAGCGAUAAUGAUGAAGAGGAUGUGGAGGACCGGAUUGAGCAGCUUCUGAGUGACGCGAAGCGAUAUGUCAACGCCGAAGAGACUGAAGUAUCCGAGUCACAGAACCAGUCGCCUUCAAGCCCCGAUGAUUCCAGCGAGAACAUUGCACCAGAGUUUACGCCGCAGAACAGCUAUUACCUGCGUCUGAUCGCUCCUCAGAUUCAAUUCAUGAGCGAGAAGAACCGCAAGUCCGUCUUGAUGGUGGCCGCAAAGGGGAUGGAACUCAAGGUUGUAUCAAUCAUGGACAAAGAACGUGUCUCGGACGAUGUCAGCGGCUUGGUCCAGCGCCGCUUCUCUCUCGAAAUGGAUGGCGCCCAGUUCUUCGUCGCAACCCAGAAGGGCCUCAUGGCAAACCUGCAGUUCUAUGCUGGCAACAAGUACGGCAAUGCGCCAGGAUCUGCGUGGCCACCUUGGUUAACCCUGGAAGCGAUGUUUGACUUUGAGCUCAAUCCAUUCGGGUUUUCUCGCAUUGUGCAAAAGACCUCCGCCAGCCUACGCUACGACAAAUAUAACAACCUUCGUUUGAAGUAUAACGAGGAGGUGGCCAAGGGUCACCCGGGCCCUCACCCUGGAGAGGAAACCAGGAUGGACCAGAUUAGUGUUGACUUCCCACACUUCCGGGCGAUUUGCGAUUCCGUGGAGUAUUAUGCCUUGUACAUCAUUGUGUUGGAUCUCAUGCUUUACAGCGAGCCACUUGAAAAGGUUCGCAAUGAGCGUUUGGAGAAGAUCAUGCUCACGUCGGACUUCAGCGACCUUCGUGGCGCCCCCGAGGCCGUGUUUAAGCUACAGUCCCGCAUCCGACAACUGGAGGAGAUUAAAGAAUACUUCCAGAUCAAUGCCAAAUAUCUGGAUAAGCAGGGCUGGGAGGAUCGCUUGGCACUUGAGCGCGACCUUUCUCAAUGUGAGGACGAGCUGUUCUUCAUGAUGAAAGCGAUUACCACUUCUCAAAGGCGGGCCGACCCCAGCUCGUCUAAGGCAGACGGUGUCCUGCGCUGGAGCAUCUCUGCUACUGAAGUUGUCUGGCAUUUGAUGAAGGAGGCAUCUGCUCCCCUUGUCGAGUUCCAACUCAGGAAUGCCCAAUACGAGCGCACUGACAAUACUGAUGGCUCCAACCACAACACCGUGGCAGUUGAGCAGCUCAGCGGACUUAACCUUCUGCCAGAUGCGAUUUAUCCUCAGAUCAUUGCACCGUACCUGGAUCAACCCCGGCCUCUGAACGACUUCAUGCUGCGCGUCAAAUGGCACCUGAUGGAAGCAGUGGCGGGUAUUCCCGUGGUUGACAACUUCGAAGUAUCAUUGUUCCCUCUCAAGAUCCAGUUGGAACGCGAGCUUGGCCAAAGACUUUUCGAGUACAUCUUCCCCAAUAUGGGCUCCGGUGCGUUCGAGAAUGGCGGCUUCUCGCCUUUCAUGAUCAAGAAUAUGAAACCGCUUGAUGCAUCGGAGGAUGAAGAUGAGGACGAGGAGGAUGAGUCCAACAUCCGAAGCAUGACUCAGUCGAUGGGCACUGAUGAUGACAAUGGUUCCAUGGACGAUCUGCAAGCCUCCAAGGGCCCCGGGUCCAUCGAAUUGAGACUCCAGCCAACCUUGUCUCUCUCUGAAGAGGGCAGGUCCAGUCGGCGCUCCACCCAUCUCAAGGGCCUUGCAAUGACGCCCAUAACGAGAAGCAACACCGCCCGCCUAGACUUGCCAGACCCUGGUAAGGGGCUGCCCCGUCCUGCAACUACAGGGAGCCUUGCGAGUAGCCUUGUGAAGAAACGAUCUGUGGACAGCAUGCGCAUGUUGGCGAAGGCGCCAACCGAGAGAUCAUUGUCAAGCCACAGUACAAGCACCGAAGAAAAGAAGAAGUUCGGUCUCGGCAAGGGUCGCGGUAAACACAAGGAACCAACCGAUGAUCUCUCCCAAAUGAUGUCCCGAGCCUCGAAUUACAUGACUCUGGCUCGGGUCAAGGUCCACGAUGUAGUUCUCUGCAUGAGCUACAAGGGUAAAGGAGAGCACAACAUUGAAGAUCUCCACGACUUUGUCUUCCGGCUGCCAGUUCUGGAGUACAGCAACAAGACCUGGUCCAAUCUGGAUCUAGCUCUGCGCCUGAAGAAGGAUGUCAUCAAGGCUCUGAUCUCGCAUGCCCCCGCCAUCCUGGGGAACAAGUUCUCGCACCAUCGGCCUUCCAAGCAACAGCAGAAACGUCAUCGCGAGCUUGCGUCUUCGUCCCAACUCUUACCCAGCGCGAGCAGCAUAACGAACUUUAAUCGCAGCCAAGCUCCGAGUCUGAUGAGCUUCGACUCAAAUAGCGAGUAUUGUUCUGAGUCACCAUCGCGAAAGUCUAUGCAGUCGAAUGCUUCGCCGUUGGCUCGUUCUGUGUCUUUGAACUCGGAUGCUCGUGAGAACCAAGAUACUACCAUUGGUGACUCCAAAUCUGCCAAUGAAGUUGAUGUGGAUUCUCGAUGGGAGGAGUCACGCCGUUUCGUUAAUGCACCCAUCAGACCCAUGACUUCUGGCCACACCGUUACUACUGUCGUUGCGGCUAGCAAUGGGAACGGCGGUGACCAAGAGGACAGCCAUAAGAGAACCAUCCGCAAUUUCGGCCGGAAACUGAUGAGCCGGAAGUGA